UUUCCUCCUCCCGCGGAGCCCUUUGGCUGCGAGGGACGGGUAUUUGUGUCCCACGGACACACGUUCAGCUUUCCCAGGUGUGCCUGCAGCCGGGAUCAUGCCCAGUGUGUGCGUGGGCAGGAGGCAGAGCAGCAGCAGCAGCCAGCUCCUCGCCUGAAGUGGAGGAUGGAAGGAGGGGACGGUGCCAGCCGUGCUGCCCCUGCAGACAGGAGGGCCCCAGCACACUUCCCAGCUCAUUCCAGGACCUUCUGGAUCAUCUUGUCCGUUGCCCUGUUGUUUUUUGCAGCUGUUGGUGUCAGUGUCAUGGGGGUUCUCAGCUUCUCCCCCAGCUCUGCCCAGGCUGGCUCCCAGCUCCUCCGAGUGCCGCUCCAGGGCCAGCAGGACCCGCUGAGGAACCAGACAGCCGUGGUGGACAAGGCCGGGAGCACUGUCACCUACUACAUCACCUCGCAGAGCAACCUGAGCGCCGUGGUGCUGUACGACAGCAGGAACGGCUACGUGUGCUACAAGGCGCUGGAGCGGCGAGCCUGCUACCUGAGGAGGAUGGAGCCCUGGGACCUGCAGACCCUGCAGACGGCUCUCAACGCCUCUGAGCACAGCGCUGAGCGGCUGCUACACCGCAACAACCAGACCACGUUCUACCGGGAGUUCCUGGGCAUCGUGGCAGCGGAGCAGGUGGAGCCCAGGGGCCUGGGGGAGGCUGUGCAGGCCCUGUGUGAGCACACUUCCAUCUUCUGGGUGCGGAGAGGGCACGGGCCGGGGAGGCAGCGCCUCAUCUACCUGUGCAUUGACAUCUGCUUCCCCAACAACAUCUGCGUCUCCAUCUGCUUCUAUUACCUGCCUGAGUAAGCGCUGCAGCCACGGCCGC